CAUAGGCGGGCGGGGACAGGGCGCCACCCCUAUCGGCAUCCGCAGCCAAAAGCCAAGGCAGAAGCGCCAAAGCAAGCUGCCAAUCAAACGGACGGGAGAUAAGAGAAGAGCGCGGCCGCGGCGCCAAGCCUCGUGGAGCCACCUUUCCCCCGUGAUCUGCCCGCCCCCCCCCCCCCCGUGGGAUCUCGCGCCCGCCAGGAUCGGAAGCCAUGGGGAUGCCGCGCUGAUCGCGGCGCGCUGGUAGGCACCGGAGCCGGAGCGGGAGAGGGGCACCGGGCACGAGGCAGGCCGGAGACGGAGACGGAGACGGAGACGGAGAGGGCCGGCAGCGCGCCACAUGGACCAGAAUGGCGGCUCCUUCCUCGCCGUCCGCCGCCUCUCCGGACACCACCCAUCAACGGCGGACGUCGUGUCCGGGUCGACGGCGUGGAUCGGGAGGGGCUUCUCCUGCGUCUGCGUGCAGAGGAGGGAGAGCGACGCGCGCAUUUCCUUCGAUCUGACCCCGGUGCAGGAAGAGUGUCUGCAAAGAUUGCAGAACCGGAUAGAGGUGCCGUACGAUAGUCAGAAUAGAGAACAUCAGGAAGCACUGAAAGCCCUUUGGCAUGCUUCUUUUCCUGGAACUGAACUUUUAGGACUAGUGUCAGACCAGUGGAAGGAGAUGGGAUGGCAAGGGAAGGAUCCGUCCACAGACUUCAGGGGCGGUGGCUUUAUCUCUUUGGAGAAUUUACUAUACUUCGCUAGGAACUAUCCGAAAUCCUUCGAGGAGCUCCUUUGUAAGCAGAAUGGUGACAGGGCAUUAUGGGAAUAUCCAUUUGCUGUUGCUGGUGUGAAUAUUACGUUCAUGCUUAUUCAGAUGCUUGAUCUUCAAGCAGCUAAGCCAAGGUCUUUGAUUGGAGCAGUGUUCCUAAAUUUACUUAUAGAAAAUGAUCGAGCUUUUGACAUUCUUUACUGCAUAACCUUUAAGCUGAUGGAUCAGAAAUGGCUUGAAAUGCACGCCACGUAUAUGGAUUUCAAUACUGUUAUUAAAUCCACAAGACGCCAACUCGAGAGAGAAUUAUUGCUUGAAGAUAUUCAGCAAAUUGAGGACAUGCCGUCAUACAGUUUUCUUGCCCGCUAGCAACUGAAGUCUGACCUAACAUUGCCACUAAAGAAUUCUCUUUAGUAGCGAAGCUCUUCUUACAUGCUACUAAAUUAAGAAUAUCGCCUUGCAGACCCACGUACGUGAAAAAUGAGCUCGAUAUGUGCUGGAAUAUAGGAUCUCAGGGAUUUGCUUCUUCUGUGAUUUGUGUUAUCGUGUUUAGGUACACCAUAUCCUGAACUUCUGCAUCUGCAUGUUUGGGCCUUCUUGGAUCUGACACCUAGAGAAACUGUCUGGCCACGUGAACCGCUGUUGGGCCAUGGUAGCAGUGCAUGUAGGAUGUUCAUUCGGAAAUAAUUUGUCAUUGGUAGCAAGGAGUCUUCAUGCCACAGUAUGGCAGGUUCAGUGAAUUCUCAGUAUUCAAGAGAGCUUUAUAACCAA